CCAUCGGGGCGAAACGCAAUAACCCCUUUGGCUCGUACCUCCCCGCGGUUUUAAAGCGGGGUAGGAAAGUUGAAGGGAGGACAGAGAGGGUGGCAUCUGAAGGAGCGCUUGGGGCUGCGAGGAAGGGAAGCCGGAGCUUGCUGGACGAUCCCCCUCCCUUCCGUUGAGUAUGGAUGCCCUAAAAUCGGCUGGCAGGGCGAUUAUCCGGAGUCCAAGUCUUGCGAAACAAUCAUGGGGCGUCGGUAAACACAAAAAGCUUCCGGAGAACUGGACGGACACGCGGGAGACCCUCCUGGAGGGCAUGGUCUUUCGCCUGAAGUACUUGGGCAUGACGCUCGUGGAGGAGCCGAAAGGGGAGGAGCUGUCGGCCACCGCGGUGAAAAGGAUCAUGGCCACCGCUAAAGCCAGUGGAAAGAAACUCCAGAAGGUGACAUUAAAUAUUUCCCCUCGUGGAAUUGUCCUGUAUGACAACUUGUCCAACCAGCUGAUUGAGAACAUCUCCAUAUAUAGGAUAUCGUACUGCGCUGCGGAUAAGAACCAUGACCGCGUGUUUACCUACAUCGCCCAGAGCCAGCAGAAUGACACACUGGCAUGUCACGCAUACCUCUGUCCCAAGAGGAAAGUGGCCCAGGCUGUGACGCUGACGGUGGCACAAGCCUUCAGAGUAGCCUUCGAGUUCUGGCAGGUCGCCAAAGAAGAGAAUGGGAAGCGGGCAGCGUCUGGCUCUGACGGCGAGGCGCCCAGCAGCUCCCAGUCAGAAUGGUCCCUCAACCUGCUCAGCCUGAAGGGGAGGGAGGGGGACACUGGAACUGGAACCCUACUGGACCUGGGUGAGAGCCCCCCGGCUGACCUGCCUAUCGCGGCCCCCGACUCUGCUCACCCCUUCGCGGUGCACGGCACAGACAUGGAAAACAACAACACGCUGUGGGAGCUCGACGACGGCCUCGAUGAAGCCUUCUCCAGACUCGCCGAGUCUCGCACGAACCCCCAGGUCCUGGACAUCGGGGUGAUAUCCGAAGAUCUCCAUGCCGAUACUCUGCAGUGGUCUCCCUCCGGCUGGGAUGCAAGUGAUGGAAACGACCUGUUUGGGUUCUGACGCCGCACCGCGUGGGGGCAACUGGCCGGUCGUCCCUGGAGGGCCCCCCCUCGCUGAAUGCGCGUGGGCUUUAGCUGGGUGACUGGAUACCAGGCUGGUGCCAGGACUCGUCCACCAAAGCAGUAAUAGAGUAUUACGCCACCUUAAACGAUGUUUCGCGAUGCAUUGCCCACUUCCCCUCUAGGUGACACACGCAGCCAAAGUGGUAGUUUGCACUAUUAUGUUAAAAAGAAUUAUACCGCGUAUCAUGACAUUGUUUUAUAUAUAAAUGUAUGUGUCAGUCUAGCUAUCGGUGUAUGUUUGAGGAGGAUGAUUAUGCUCUUAUCUCUGCGUGAGGAUGAAGCUCCAUUCCGGAAGGAUCUAAAGCUGAAACGUGUGGAAUUAAGAUUUCGCUUUUUGAAGGAUAACCGUGACUUAUCUCUGAGCUUGGGUGUGCGGGGGCCGUUUCCCCUUCUGAUGCGAGGACAAACCCAGAUAGCGAAGCCGUUCCACAGGGGUUACGUUCCAGUCCAGCUUCUGUGAAGCAAACAUUCCUGCAGCUGUGGUGAAAGGGGGAGGAUUAAGUGUUUCUGCUAACCUCUUUUGUUGAAAUUCACCCCCCCCCCCCCCCCCACGUUGCGGCCAGAUUUGCUGGUCUUUUUUCUUCCUUUUGCUUUAAGGGAGUGGAGCCUGGAUUUAUUGUGGGUGGCUUUUCUAUAGGUGGGGGGAUUUGUGGUUGCCUGGCUGGUGUUUUGGGUUAUUUGGGUGUCCUCCUUGGCAUGCGUGGUGUACAUGUAAGAGCGAGACCGCAGCCUGGCUUUCUUUCGAGCUGCCGCUGGGUGGAGUCGGUCAGCCGGUUUUGCUGCUACAGAGCCACAUGUUGGCAGACGCGUUAUUCACUGGCCUUGCUACUACUCCCUCUCUGUGGUUCUGAAGAGCUCUGUGUGAUCUGUUAUGGGGAUGUUCCUAUGAAGCGAGCCUCUUGCCUUUCACCACUGUGUAUCUCUUCUUGCUUCAGGUCUUUUUAGAAUGAGUGACGUCUCAUGGUUGUUUUUUGGUUUUAUUUAUUUGCUGGCACCAAGUCAAUUUGUUAAUGCUUCGUGGGCCAUGUAUUCCUGUAAAUUGUAAUAAACGACUGUUGAGAUGA